CCGAGGACUGGAGUUGCCCAGGCCUGGUAGUCUGAACAUGUCCCCUGGUCUUACUUUAGUCCCCCAUGUUCAAGACCUGCCCUAACCUGUCCUAUCUAGUCUGAACCUGUCCCCUGGUUUUAUCUUUAGUCCCCCAUGUUCAAGACCUGCCCUAACCUGUCUUAUCUAGUCUGAACCUGUCCCCUGGUUUUAUCUUUAGUCCCCCAUGUUCAAGACCUGCCAUCUCAUCAGAGAACAGAGCUGAAACAGUUAGCUGAGGAGCCAUCUCAUCAGAGAGCAGAGCUGAAACAGUUAGCUGUGGAGCCAUCUCAUCAGAGAACAGAGCUGUAACAGUUGGCUGUGGAGCCAUCUCAUCAGAGAACAGAGCUGAAACAGUUGGCUGUGGAGCCAUCUCAUCGGAGAGCAGAGCUGAAACAGUAAGCUGUGGAGCCAUCUCAUCAGAGAACAGAGCUGAAACAGUUGGCUGAGGAGCCAUCUCAUCAGAGAACAGAGCUGAAACAGUUGGCUGUGGAGCCAUCUCAUCAGAGAGCAGAGCUGAAACAGUUGGCUGUGGAGCCAUCACAUCAGAGAGCAGAGCUGAAACAGUUGGCUGUGGAGCCAUCUCAUCAGAGAGCAGAGCUGAAACAGUUGGCUGAGGAGCCAUCUCAUCAGAGAACAGAGCUGAAACAGUUGGCUGUGGAGCCAUCUCAUCGGAGAGCAGAGCUGAAACAGUUGGCUCUGGAGCCAUCUCAUCAGAGAGCAGAGCUGAAACAGUUGGCUGUGGAGCCAUCACAUCAGAGAGCAGAGCUGAAACAGGGUCCGGGGAGGCCUCAGCACGGGGAACAUUCAUGGAAGGGGACUGUCUCAGCUGCAUCAAGUACCUCAUGUUCAUCUUCAACUUCCUAAUUUUUUUAGGAGGCUCCUUCCUGCUUGCUGUGGGUGUGUGGGUACUGGUGGACCCUAUGGGCUUCAGGGAGAUCGUAGCAGCCAACCCUCUGCUCUUCACUGGGGUCUACAUCAUCCUGGCCAUGGGGGCAAUGCUCUUCCUCCUCGGCUUCCUGGGCUGCUGCGGAGCCAUCCGGGAGAACAAGUGUCUGCUGCUCUUUUUCUUCAUGCUCAUCCUGGUCAUCUUCCUGGCAGAGUUAGCAGCAGCCAUCUUGGCCUUCAUAUUCCGGGAGCAUCUCACCAGAGAGAAGUUUACCAGAGAUCUGAAGAGACACUACCAGGGACACAACAACACUGACGUCUUCACCUCCACGUGGAACGCCCUCAUGACCACCUUUGACUGCUGUGGGGUGAACAGCCCAGAGGACUUUGAGGAAAGCCUGUUCAGGCUCCUCAGCCCAGACAAGAUGGUUCCUGGGGUGUGUUGCCAGGGCAACGGUCACCCUGGAGAUGCGGUGGAUGACCUCAGCCGGGACGAGUGUCAGAAGGGAAGCAUGGAGCUCCGCUACAACAAGGGUUGUUACUCAGCGGUGGUGGACUAUUUUGAGACGUAUAUCUACAUGGCAGGAGCUCUGGCCAUUGUUGUCUUGACGAUUGAACUGUUUGCCAUGGUGUUUGCCAUGUGUCUGUUCAGAGGAAUCGACCAGUAACCCUGACAACACACACAACCCCAGGAAGACACUCAACAAAGGGACACAGACUGAUGAAGGAGAAGAGAGCCUAAAGUUACCCACCUGUAGAUUAUAAAUCAGAUGAUAGGAGAAUAGAGCCUGUAGAUUAUAAAUCAGAUGUUAGGAGAAUAGAGCCUGUAGAUUAUAAAUCAGAUGUUAGGAGAAUAGAGCCUGUAGAUUAUAAAUCAGAUGUUAGGAGAAUAGAGCCUGUAGAUUAUAAAUCAGAUGUUAGGAGAAUAGAACCUGUAGAUUAUAAAUCAGAUGUUAGGAGAAUAGAGCCUGUAGAUUAUAAAUCAGAUGAUAGGAGAAUAGAGCCUGUAGAUUAUAAAUCAGAUGUUAGGAGAAUAGAGCCUGUAGAUUAUAAAUCAGAUGUUAGGAGAAUAGAGCCUGUAGAUUAUAAAUCAGAUGUUAGGAGAAUAGAGCCUGUAGAUUAUAAAUCAGAUGUUAGGAGAAUAGAGCCUGUAGAUUAUAAAUCAGAUGUUAGGAGAAUAGAGCCUGUAGAUUAUAAAUCAGAUGUUAGGAGAACAGUGACUUGUACUUCACAGCUGGACCUCUGAGGUGCUGUUCAGACCAGGACAUUGUAGACCAGGGCUGGGGGGCGUCAAUUCUAUUUCAAAUCAGGAGGUAAAGCCGAAAUUCCAAUUCCAAUGUUCCACAUUGAAAAGUAGAAAAAAAUGAGAAUUGGAAUUUCAGUUGUACUUCCUGAAUUGACUGAUUUGAAAUGGAUUUGAGCCCAACCCCGCUAUAGACACAGAGCAUGAAGAGAAACCAGGAGUUACUGUACCAGGACAGAAACAUGUCCUCUGCACUGUUACAUUAGUGCAGCACUGUCUGAACAGGAGUUACUGUACCAGGACAGAAACAUGUCCUCUGCACUGUUACAUUAGUGCAGCACUGUCUGAACAGGAGUUACUGUACCAGGACAGAAACAUGUCCUCUGCACUGUUACAUUAGUGCAGCACUGUCUGAACAGGAGUUACUGUACCAGGACAGAAACAUGUCCUCUGCACUGUUACAUUAGUGCAGCACUGUCUGGACAGGAUUGAAAUGUAUAGCACUGUCUCUAGCCUGAGUGCCAGUCUGUUUGUGCUAUCAUGCCAACUCCCUGUCACACUGACUCUAGCCUGAGUGCCAGUCUGUUUGUACUAUCAUGCCAACUCCCUGUCACACUGACCCUAGCCUGAGUGCCAGUCUGUUUGUACUAUCAUUCCAACUCCCUGUCACUCAUUGUCACAAUGAGCAAUGGAGUUGGUAAGAAAACAAACAGAUCUGGGAUCAGGCUGUAGGAGACAACAGAUCUGGGGUCAGGCUAUAGGAGACAACAGAUCUACCACUAUAUAGGGAAUAGGGCUCUGGUCUAUAGUAGUACCACUAUAUAGGGAAUA